AUUUCCAAUGGAGACAGACCUCACAGUUUUCUACCAUUGCAAAACUCCCCGGAUUCCUCAACUCUUACACCCUUCGCCCUAUAUCCAAACUCGACAUUUCCAUACCAUAUACACCGCAUUCUACUCCAAAAGGCUCGAACCCACCAUGUGACCGAUACUCGACCGUUCCCGGAUAUCCCGCUCCCCGCCGAUAAAUUGGUUGCAUGUCAAGAUCCUUUUGGUGGAGGAACCUCGAACGGACCCAAUCACCAGCCAUGCUGACGGCGAUCCGUUACGACCUACCCCGGAUACUCUCCCGGGUUUUAUACAAUCACGAUCCCGUUGACCAAUCGUUAAUUCUUCCGUCGCACUGUCCUUUGACGCUCACUCGGAGCAGCUCCCGUGCUUCUCAACAUCGGCCCGGAUUCGAAGCCCGCUCCACAGACGUUGCAAUUGUGGUAGCCUCCUGUCAGGUUUCUAGUGGUGCGCAUUGGAAGCUCUCCACUUCCAUGUCCAUUCUGACAAAGCCGAAGGAGUUGGCUGACAGCGCUUACAAGUGACGGCAGUGGCCGAGGCUGUGGGGAACAUGGGAUGGCCCACCCGGAGUCCUGCAAGGGUCGGCUUAUUCCAUCCCGGCAAAUAUUAUCACUAUAAACUUGAUUAUCAUGUCAGGCACGCAACACGCUCAGACCCGAUUUGCCGUUGCCUAAUACCGCCGUGAGAUGGGAUUCGAAGGGAUGAUCCGGCCUUAUUAGGCUGGGCCACUAUGUAGCCAUGCUUCCGUGCAUUUGCAACGAUCAAAAGUCUAUAUCGUCCCGAGCACCGGGAUACUUGGCGGAAAUUGCGAAAAUGCGCCCCUGAAUCUGAUAUUAAAGGGUACCAGCCCGCUGAUGGAUCUCACCGUAGAGGUCUGCCCCAGAUUUCUCUCCGGUAGACAGUCCAGCGCACCGUCACGACCGAAAAGAUGUCCAAGAAGCUCAUCGCUUUCCUGCUUGCCCUUCCGGCGUCGGCCGAAAUCAUCUACGCUACGUCGUACAAUGACCAUACUGUUACCUCGCUGAAGCUAGAUGGGUCGUCCCUGACUCGGGUUUCUCAGAAUCUGGACUGCGGGUCUGAGCCUACCUGGUUGACUCUUGACAAGUCAAAGUCGGUGUUGUACUGCCUGAAUGAGGGCUGGGGUGGAUCUUCUUCCAUAACCUCCUACAGGACCAGCGCCAGCGGGACUCUCGAGACCCUGGACGUUCUCUCUGUCCUUAAGAGUCCUGUUGCCUCGACUCUCUUUGCCAAUAACAGCAAGCUUGCAGUGGCUCACUAUGAUACCUCCGCCUUCACCACCUUCUCUGUUGCUGACCCUACCAACCUCUCCCUCCUCGGCCAGCAAACCUACCAGCUGACUGCCCCUGGCACCGUCCCCGAGCGUCAGGAUGCCCCCCAUCUCCACGAUGCCAUCCUGGACCCAUCCAAGAAGUUUAUUUUGGUUCCCGACCUCGGCGCCGAUCUCAUCCGCGUCUUCCAAGUCGACGAUGGCGCUGCCGCCGCCACUGCCGUGACAUCCAUCCCAACCAUUGCCGGCUCCGGUCCCAGGCACGUCGCCUUUGCCAAGGCCGGCCGCAAGACCUUCCUCUACUCGUUUAACGAGCUCUCCAACACUAUCAGCGGGUAUUCGGUUACCUACAAGCGCGACGCCGCCCCUGAAUUCACCCGCCUCUUCGACGUUCCUUCUGGCGGCCCGGGCACGACGGUUCCUGCUGGCACCAAGGCGGCGGAGAUCGAGGUGAGCCCUGAUCAGAGAUUUGUCAUUGUCUCCUCCCGCGGGGAGAACAGCCUGGACAUUCCGGCCUUUGACGGAGAGGGGACGAUCAAAUCGGACCCGCUGCAGGUCUUUGCUGUCAAUCAGCAAACCGGCGCUUUGACGCAUGUGCAGACCGCUCCCGCUGGUGGGCGCAAUCCCCGCGGCUUCUCGCUCAACAAGGCGGGGACAAAGCUGGUGAGCGCGCUGCAGGAUGAUAACAGGGUUGUGGUUUAUGAGAGAGAUGUGCGGACUGGAAAAUUGGGUAAGGUGUUGGCGCAUGCUACUGUGGGAAGUGGACCGAAUAAUGGGCCGAAUUAUGCUCUUUUUGAUGAGUAG